CUUGCUGGUGGUGACUGCGCAUGACGCGUAGGAAAAGAACAGAAUCCGUUCGUUGGUUGACAAACGAGUGAAAAUUUUCUUAGUCCAAAAAAAUAACAAGAGCCGUUCGAACGACGAAAGCAAUUCAUAUCAGUAAUUGUUCCUGAGUUUUGUUAGAUUAGGUAAAGUUUGAAUAAUUAGAAAGUUUCAAAAUAAAUCUCAUUUACGGUUAGCAUUCAUUAAGAUAUCAAGCGUUUUACAAACGAUGGACCUAAUCUACUAAACUGAUUAGUGAGUGUACAGUGUUCAGUGAAAAGAAAACCACCAAGUUCAGUUUUCGUGAACCAUGGCGGGCAUGAUUCGGUGCUGCUUUGAACCGGUCGAAAUGCCAGAAUUUCUGGAUUCAUUCGUGAAGAAGUGCACUGAAGGAUGUUGCUGUGGUUGCUGCUCGGCACUGAGGCCACGCUACAAGCGCCUUGUGGAUAACAUAUUUCCCGUCAACCCGGAAGAUGGCCUGGUCAAAUCAAACAUGGAAAAGCUUACUUUCUACUCGCUCCGAUCGCCCGAGAAGCUGGACCGCAUCGGAGAGUAUCUGUAUCAGCGGGCCUCUAAGGACAUCAACCGCAAGCGGUAUAAAUUUGUUGAGAUCGCCAUGGAGGCUAUGGAUCUGCUACUGAUGGCGUGUCAUGCUCAGAUUCUAAAUCUUUUCGUUGAGAGCUUCUUGCGGAUGGUGCAAAAGCUGAUGGAGGACAUCAACCCAACUUUGCAGAUUAUGGCGACCAAUUCAUUCGUGCGAUUUGCUAACAUCGAAGAAGAUACGCCCUCCUACCACCGACGGUACGAUUUCUUCAUCUCCAAGUUUAGUUCGAUGUGCUUCGGGAACAACGAGGACCUGGAAUUGCGGGACAGUAUUAGAAUGGCCGGCAUUAAAGGUCUCCAAGGGGUGAUUAGAAAGACUGUUUCAGAUGACCUGGUGGAAAAUAUUUGGGAGAAACAUCAUAUGGAAAAAAUAGUCCCAUCGUUGCUCUAUAACAUGCAAUCCGGCAGCGAGAGCAAGUCGGUGGAUCAGGAAGCAACUCCAUCGACACCGCCCGUUUUGGCGGAGGCAGUUUUACGCGAACUGGUGUCACGAGCAUCCUUUGGUCACAUCCGUGCCGUGCUGAAACCCCUACUAACCCAUUUGGAUAAUCACAAGCUGUGGGUUCCGAAUCGCUUCGCUAUCGAUACUUUCCGCAUUGUCAUGAUCUCAAUUCAACCGCAGUACUCGUACACUGUGGUUGAAACACUGAUGGCACACCUGGAUCAGAAUCUUACGUCAUCUCCAAAAACUCGCACUUCAUUGGCGGUUGUGCUUUCUAAAAUCAUCGCAAUCGCCGCAGGCGAAAGUGUCGGUCCUUCCGCACUGGACAUCAUCAACAAUCUCCUUACCCAUCUAAAGACUUCGGUCAGCACUCAACACGAAUCCACUCCAGAGGAGACGCAAUAUCAGGAAGCGCUUAUCAACGCGCUUGGCGAGUUUGCUAAUCAUCAUCCAGACUAUCAAAAGAUUGAAAUCAUGCUUUUCAUCAUGAACACCGUUCCGGAUCUUUCGAAGAAAAGCAAAGGAGAUCACCUUUUGCAAAACAUUCUGCUAAAAUCGCUUCUAAAAGUCGGUACCCAAUAUCGUACCGUUUCCUUCGAAAAAGCUUUCCCCGUGUCCUUCCUGCAGCCUCUGCUGAAGAUGGCACGCGCUUCUUCGGUCUCCAUCCGGGUUAUUGUGAUGCAAAUCCUCCAGCAGCUGCUCGAUCGACACCAGAAUCAACAUCUGCUGAGUGCCAUCAGCAUCAGUAACAUUUCGACCCUAACGGUGGAACAACCCUCCCGUUCGGAUAUUCUGUUUACGCACAAAUACGGCUCCAACAUGCUGCAGGCCGUCAUCGACGGAAUGUCUCAGGAAAAUAACGUGGAAGUACUACGCUCGUCAUACAACACAGCUGGCCUGAUGAUAGUCGAAAUGGCAUGCGGAGAGACGGUUCAGGAAUUCUUACUGUUUGUGCUCGGAAUUCAACAAGUUGCCCUUACUGAGGUUGAACUGUCGCCCAAACAUCGUUGCAAUCUGCACAGCAUCGCCAUUUCUCUGUUGAUUUUGACUGGCCGCUGCACUGGAACAUCCACCAUAGUUGAAUACGCGGAUAAAGUCAUACAGGCACGCAUGGAAGAGGCAACCUAUCUUCUGCCACCGUUGAUGGACAAUGACAAGCCAGCUCCCAGCACUCUGAACACGAGCCUUCCCCACCUGAUGAUCGAUAAGCUGGCAAUCGCCGAAUGCCUGCAGCAGGCCGGUCUUGAGCACAACCGGGUACAAACCGGAACGCCCUACUCGCUGCACCAAUCAGAUAUGUCCGCUCAUCGACACUCGUGGGUUGAUACCAGUGCUCCCCGCAACAGCAUCGUGGACAACUACAACGACAUCGAAUCCAUCAGCAGCUCGCCGGGAGUUCAGAAGCGUUCACUCGCCUCGGACUACAACUUCGAAUCGAUGAAACGAGUCCUCGCGGAACCAACGGAGGCAGCCAAACGGGAAGCCCAAGAACGGCAGGUGGCUAUCGGACGCACCUUCCGCGAGAUGGCCUUCGAGGAUCUGAUACGGCGAACCGAACCACAGCACGAGGUCAUCCAGAACCGGUUAAAUGAAAUUUUCAACUCAUUGGCCGCCGAACGGCAGAUCAGCUGUGGGAACCAGUUGAUGCUGAACUCUGCGACGUCGGCAGUCGACGGAGCAAAGGUCAGCCAGCAGCGGGUUAUCUACGAGAAUAACUUCCCGGAGCUGUUCUUCUACUAGGUUGUACGCUUAAGGUUUAUGAGGCUUGAGGUACUCGGGUUGUUAUGUACUCGAUGGAAUUGUUAUAUUUGUGUUAUUUUACCGUGUAUUUAUUGUUAGCAUUUGGAGGAAAGUCGGGGCAAGGGAAUCAAGAAUGUAGAGUUUAAACGUUUUAAAGUAUUUAAGUUUUGGUCUGUGAAUUAUAUAAGCUAGUUGUAGUCUACAGUUGACACUAGAUUAUUGCUAUGAUAUCGAAAUAAAUGUUUGUUUGAAUAUUCCUUGCAAGUAAA